GGCGGAGUCGUGAGGCACUUCUCAAAGUCGCAGGUCUGGUUUGAUGGGAGGUGCUGUGCGCGGAAGGACCACUGGAUCCAUGGCAACAAUCAUGGCAGAAGCUGAGACACGCCAGAAGCUGCUGCGCACCGUCAAGAAAGAGGUGAAGCAGAUUAUGGAGGAAGCGGUCACCAGGAAAUUUGUUCAUGAAGACAGCAGCCAUAUUGUUUCCUUUUGUGCUGCAGUGGAGGCGUGUGUUUUACAUGGGCUGAAGCGUCGAGCGGCUGGCUUUCUUCGAAGCAACAAGAUUGCCGCCUUGUUCAUGAAGGUGGGCAAGAGCUUUGCCCCGGCUGAGGACCUGUGCAAGAAGGCCCAAGAGCUGGAGCAAAUCAUUGAGACUAAACGAAGUCAGAGUUUACAAAGCCAAGACAGCCUACGCAAAAUGCCUCGGCUUCCCAGCCUCACUCCAAAGGCCAUCAAGAACCUCUGGAUUCGGACAGCUCUGUUCGAGAAGGUGCUGGACAAGAUUGUCCUCUACCUGGUAGAAAACAGCAGUAAAUAUUACGAGAAAGAGGCUGUUCUAAUGGACCCUGUAGACGGACCUAUCCUUGCUUCUUUGUUGGUGGGACCCUGUGCGUUGGAGUACACGAAGAUGAAGACAGCUGACCACUUCUGGACUGACCCCUCGGCUGACGAGUUAGUGCAGAGGCAUCGCAUCCACAGUGGUCACUGCAGGCAGGACUCUCCCACCAAAAGGCCUGCAUUGUGUGUAAGUAUCCAGAAGCGCCACUCCAGCAGCAGCAUGGAUGAGCGCCCCUCUCCCUCGCCAUCAGCACGCGAGUAUGUGGAGUCACUACAUCAAAACAACAGGGCGACGCUGCUGUUUGGCAAAAACAACGUGCUUGUUCAGCCGAGGGAUGACAUGGAGGCUAUCCCAGGUUACCUCUCUCUGCAUCAGACGGCUGACCUCAUGACACUUAAGUGGACACCCAACCAGCUCAUGAACGGCUCCGUAGGGGACUUGGACUACGAACGAAGUGUGUACUGGGACUAUGCCAUGACAAUCCCUCUUGAAGAGAUAGUGUACUUGCACUGCCAUCAACAAGUCGAUAGUGGGGGCACAGUGGUGCUGGUCAGUCAAGAUGGCAUCCAGAGGCCUCCCCUUCGAUUUCCAAAAGGAGGCCACCUGCUCCAGUUCCUGUCCUGUCUGGAGAAUGGUCUGCUUCCUCACGGCCAGCUGGAUCCCCCACUCUGGUCUCAGAGAGGAAAGGGCAAAGUGUUUCCUAAGUUGCGGAAGAGGCUUCCUCAGGGAUCUGGGUCUACAGACUCUGUCUCAGACAAAGAAGAGGACGAGGCCACAGACUAUGUCUUCCGCAUCCUCUUUCCAAAUAGCCUAUCAGAGUUUGUGACUCCACCAGACUUGAUGGAUCAGGGCUCUGCAAUAUGGCAUCCCAGUCUCAGGAAGUCCUCAUGCUCGUCUUGCUCCCAGGGUAGCCUCUCCGAUGGCUCCACGACUAAAGGGUGCAACCACGAGAGGACUCCUCUAAAGCUGCUGUGUGACAACAUGAAGUAUCAGAUCAUCUCACGGGCAUUUUACGGCUGGUUGGCAUACUGCCGUCACCUGUCCACCGUACGCACUCACCUCUCGGCUCUCGUCAAUCACACUAUUGUGUCGCCCAACGUGCCAUGUGAUGCCUACAAAGGACUCACUGCAGAUGUGUGGCAGAUGUUCCUCCAGGACUGCACAACUUACAAGGAGCAGGAGCUUCUUCGUCUGGUCUAUUUUGGAGGCGUGGAUCCCUCACUGCGUAAGGAAGUGUGGCCAUUCCUAUUGGGGCAUUACCAGUUUGGAAUGUCUGAAGCAGAAAGGAAGGAGGUGGAUGAGCAGGUGCGAGUAUGCUACCAGCAGACCAUGCGUGAAUGGCUAAGCUGUGAGGAGAUCGUUCGGCAGCGAGAGAAGGAGCAGCACGCUGCAGCUUUAGCCAAGUGCUCCUCAGGGGCGAGCAUGGACAGUACCAGUUCAAAGAUGGUCCAUCGGGAUUCAACUGUCAGCAAUGAGUCCCGAUCCUCCCAGAGUUCAGACAGGCACAGUCUGGCUCGUCUGCAGAGUGACUCAAGCAGCAGCACACAGGUCUUUGAAUCUGUAGAAGAGGUGGAGCAGAUUGAGACAGAAUCCAAGAGCGAAGGGGCCAAGCAGGUGCUAAAGAUGUCCAAUGGGGCGCUCCAGAAUGAGAUGACUUCCCCCGACUCUGGACACCCCUCUUCCCGCAACUUCUCAGUCACCUCCGGCGUGUCGGACGGCUCACUCAGCACAGAGGACAGUGCUGCGCCUGAGGUCGCUCAGAGACCAUUAGACAAACCACCUCACCACCACCAAGGUGAGAAACCCAAUGAGAACAAGACUCAGGUUCCAAAUGUACUGGAAGAGUCCAAGAAGUCAGAGGAUCCCAAAGCAGAUGAGGCCCAAUGUGAAGAUGGUGCCUCUCUCGACAUUAAAGAAAGAGAAGUGCCUGAUAAGGAUAGCAUGGUAGUGUCUACACAAUCCCAAGAACAAAGACUGAAAAAGGAAGACACAAAGAAAACUGCAGAAGAGUGUCAGACUGAAUGGUUCAAACUUGAAGACAAAUCUUACCUGGGUGAGAGAUCACCUAAUGAGGUGACAGAAGAAGCUGGCAUGAAAGAUCCCAGAGUGGAGGAAGUUGAUAAGAAACUAUCUUUCUCGGCAGACAGCAGGGUGUCGAGAGCAAGAGAAGCCUACUGUGCCUCUCAGAAGGCAGAAGCUCAGGUUCUGACUGAGUCAGAUGAUUCUCCCUCAGCCAUAGAGAUGGAGGAGAUUCCCAAAGCCAAAGUGUCCAUUGUGCCCUGGAGCAGGAAGGCUCGCUGUGAGCCGUUGUCUUCCUCAGACGACUCCGCCCCCUGUACAGAUCUGAGACUGGAGGGAAGACUGGAAAAAACAAGUCCAGAAGGCACAGAGUCCAUUCUCUCUGAAGAACCAGAGAUGGAGAGCCUCUACCCUCACUUUGAGUCCCUGGACGGAUGUGCAGACACCACUGAAGCCAACUCUCAACAGUCUGCAGAAGGGGGUUUCUCUCAAGAGCUUUUAGACUUGUAUACGCUGAAUCUGCACCGCAUUGAAAAGGAUGUGCAGCGCUGUGACCGGAACUAUUGGUACUUUACACCUGCAAACCUGGAGAAGCUACGCAACAUCAUGUGCAGCUACAUCUGGAGGCACCUUGACAUUGGAUACGUUCAAGGCAUGUGUGACCUGCUGGCUCCACUUCUGGUCAUUUUGGAUGACGAGGCCCUGGCCUUUAGCUGUUUCACAGAGCUUAUGAAGAGGAUGAAUCAGAACUUUCCACACGGAGGAGCGAUGGAUACCCACUUCGCCAACAUGCGCUCACUGAUCCAGAUCCUGGAUUCAGAGCUGUUUGAGCUAAUGCACCAGAAUGGGGACUACACCCACUUCUACUUUUGCUACCGUUGGUUUCUCCUAGACUUCAAGCGAGAGCUGGUCUACGAUGAUGUUUUCGCAGUCUGGGAAACCAUCUGGGCAGCCAAGUUUGCCUCUUCUAGUCAUUUUGUCCUCUUCAUUGCUUUGGCGCUCGUGGAAAUCUACAGGGACAUCAUCCUUGAAAACAACAUGGACUUUACAGAAAUUAUUAAAUUCUUCAACGAAAUGGCCGAGCAUCAUAACAUCAAGCAGAUUUUGACCCUGGCGAGAGAUCUUGUGUACAAGGUGCAGAUGCUGAUAGAGAACAAGUGAUCGCUGUGGGGGGGUAUAUUGUCUUCUAUUUCCUUCCAAGUAUAAUCAUCUGUAGCAGCACAACACACACAUACUACACGAUGCCUUUACGAUCAUUGUUUGCAGCCUUGUUGACUGUAUCCUCUAUGUUGUUUGUGUAGUCGACAGAUCUAUGAGAAUAUUAUAGUUUAUACAGUAAUUGUCAGCCUCUGCAAAUACAUAUUAUGUGUUUUACAGAAAAACCUUAAGUGUCAAAUCUGAAUACACUGAAUCCUGUAGUUGCACAUUUGAAAUGCAAAUGAAGAGAUCCAUUUUAACUAUAUUUAUGUUUUAAUAGCCAAGGUUUACAUGAUGAAGUGAUGUUUUAAAAAGAUAAACUUCCCCUCCUUGACAGUGUUUUCAGUGUUCUUGAGCUGCCUUUCUGCCAAAUAGCAUGUCCUUGUUAAGUACGUGUGUGAAUUGUGUUAAUCAUGACAUAAUUAUUUGUAAAGUCAUAGUCUAAUACUUAAAGACUCCUAUGUCAGUGUGCUUGUGUUCUCUCCUUCUGUUGUUCAGUGAACAGCUUUAUAUAUUUGUUUUGCUCCAUGAUGUCGUUUAAUCACAACAUCGUAUUGUUUGUCAGAGUUUUGUUGUCUACAUUAUAUAGAUGAUUUGCUUAUUAAUAUUCUAAAGGUUAAGAACAGAAAACGAGUGAUGGCUUUACGCGGCCAACUGGGACGCAAAGAAAACCUGCACGUCUGAUAGAAUGCCUGCUUAUGAUAUAUUUUGAACAUUGCAAAAAUAUGACAAAGAAAAGCUGUUGUAUUGUGUUGGCAGAUUUAAACUUUGACAAAUAAAAAUAUACGCGCUUUUAACCAUUCGUUUGAAACGAUGUUGCCAACUUUCGAGCUGUUUUUGAUAUUGCUGCUAUUGACAUUAGUAUGAUGUUUCUUUGUGAAUGCUAACUGAUGUCAGAAAACCUACUUUCAUUUAUUGUAGCCUUUUAUUUGCCAGUUUUUUUCAUGUAUGUUUUCAUUCAGAUGUUGCUUUUUUGUAAGAUUGUUAUUUUUAUUUUGUGCCAAGUUCUUAAAGUGUAUUGAAAAACAAACUAUAUUCUGAGAACUCAUAUACAAUAUAUAUUAAAUGGUAUAUGUUACUAUAACAUCAAUGGAA